AUGCGGACGCUGUCACGGCUCCGCCACCAACCACAGGAAGCGAGGUGCGCUUUCAUUUCGCCGCUGCUGCUCGCUGGGCGGCACAUCGCCUCGGGCAGCUGCAGAUUCCAGAGUGCUCAGGCUUCCAACGUUUCAAGGCCGAGGUGGGUUUGGCCGAGUUGGCGUUCUACGCGCUCCGAGCCUGCCGUCUUGGCACGCCGCCCGCGCUCUCCGUUCACCUUAGCGCCAUGGAGGCCAGGCUUGCCGAGCCGCUUCGGUCACUCAGCGCCGGCGAGGAGCCGGAUGCGCAGGUGAUGGCCGAUGUGCGCGCCACCGUCGAUCGCGCCUUGGGAGCAGUGGAUGACCUGAACCUCGAGGUACCGCCGGUGGCGCCCAUGGGGUUACCAUCAGCAAGCAGCCAGGGACCUGGUCUAGCGGGCUACCGCUGGGCCCUCCGCGACGGAAGCCUCAUCGGACCCGGCAUAGGCACCUGGAAGCUGUCACCUGCGGAAGCCACUGCCAGCGUCGCUGCCGCCCUGGCAUCAGGUGUUCGGCAUGUGGAUACGGCCGCAGAGUAUAACACUGAAGCUGCGGUCGCCGAAGGGCUCCAGAAAGCUGGGGUGCCCAGGGAGGAAGUCUUCGUGAACCUGAAG